AUUUUUGGAUUAUUGAUGGAACUGAUGUCUGAAGGAUUAAUGCUGGAAGGGCUGGCCUACUUUUGUUUCAUGCCCUUGAACCAAAGAUCCUUUAGCGGCCUUGAACAUCGAGGGCGGCUUGGAGGAGUGCACGACAGCGCCACCCAUCGGUUAGAAAACCGCCAACAGUCAGUCGGAAGAGUGCGCAGCAGUGACCCCGCCGGUCGGAGGACUGCACCGCAGCGCCACCAACCGGGCGGAGGAGUGCACGGCAGCGCCACCAACCGGGCGGAGGAGUGCACGGCAGCGCCACCAGCAGGGCGGAGGACUGUACGGCAGCGCCACCAGCAGGGCGGAGGACUGCACGGCAGCGCCACCAGCCGGGCGGAGGACUGUACGGCAGCGCCACCACCAGGGCGGAGGACUGCACGGCAGCGCCACCAGCAGGGCGGAGGAGUGCACGGCAGCGCCACCAGCAGGGCGGAGGAGUGCACGGCAGCGCCUCCCGGUCGACAUGCGGCGCCGCUGUCCGCCGUGCGCAGGCGCGGCGGAAGUGUCAUGGCGGCGGACGCGAGUGCAGAGCGGCUUCUCGAGGUCGAAGAUGAGAUCGAGGACGACGAUAAUCUCGACGAGUCCCUGGCAGAGAGACUGUGGGGGUUGACAGAGAUGUUCCCAGAGGGAAUGCGGAAUGCCUCCGGUGUAGCCGCAAGUUGCUCGCUGACGAUAGCCAAGAAGCUUUACAGCUUCACUCGCUCGGCCCUGUGGGUGGGCACCACGUCCUUCAUGAUCCUGGUGCUGCCAGUGGUGUUUGAAACGGAGAAGCUGCAGCUGGAACAGCAACAGAUCCAGCAACAGAGACAGAUUCUGUUGGGCCCGAACACGGGGAUGUCGGGUGGAAUGGCGGGUUUGCUGCCGCCUCCGCUUCCAGGGAAAAUAUAACGGAGCUGACCCUCGGAGCGGGAAGCGCUGGGGAUCUGACAGCACGUGCAGACGCGGGACCCCGGCCCGUCGCCAGGGAGCGUUGCGUUGGUCCCGGCCGUCCAGCUCUGGACCCACCAACCGCACCCAACCUGCAGGAAGGAACUGCAGAUGCUGGUUUACACUGAAGAUAGACACAAAAAGUUGGAGUAACUCAGCGGGACAGACAGCAUCUCUGGAGAGAAGAAAUGGCUGACGUUUCGGCUCGAGACAAUUCUUAAGAAGGGUCUCGACCCGAAACGCCACCUAUCUCUUUUCAGAGAUGCUGUCUGACCCGCUGAGUUACUCCAGCUUUUUGUGUCUAACCACAUCCAACACAUUGAGCGCCCGGUCUGCAGGCACUGCCAGUCUCUCGGGAUGGGGGAGGUUUGGGGGAUAUCCGUACCAAUAUCUGCCGGCUAGUUCAUGGCAGGGGGUGGAGACAACUCAGCGAGUGCUCCUGCCCUCUCACCCGUGAUCUGCAAUCUGAUCGUCCGUAGCAGCUUCAUCAGCAGGUGUACAAGCUAUUCUUCAGCAGCUUCGGGCACCAGUCAUUCAUGAAUGAAAUUGCCGUGUUCACCAAGUUCAGCCGGGGAGGGGGAGGUGGGGGGUCAGCAGAGGGGUGUAAGGAGCAGAGGUACCAGUUCAGAACUCUCUUAGCAGAGAACAGCUCAUAUGUUCAUAAGUGAUAGGAGCAGAAUUAGACCAUUCGGGCCAUCAAGUCUGCUUCUCCGUUUAAUCAUGUUGUUUAAGAAGGAACUGCAGAUGCUGGAAAAUCAAAGUUUCUCCAGCAUUUUUGUGUACCUCCGUUUAAUCAUGGCUGAUCUAUCUCUCCCUCCGAACCCCAUUCACCUGCCUUCCACCCAUAACCUCUGGCACCCGUACUAAUCAGCCUGCAUCUGUCUGCCUCGAUGUGACAAGCAGGGCAAGGCUACUGAUAUGUGCUGGCUGCAGCAAAGACAGGCACAGUUAGUGCAUGGCGUACGUGACUCGUGUACAGUCAGGGUGCCAACACUGAUAAACGAGACAGGCGUGGGAAGGAUGUGCCGACGUUGGUUUACACCAAAGAUAGACACAAAAUGCUGGAGUAACUCAACGGGACAGGCAGCAUCACUGGAGAGAAGGAAUGGAUGACGUUUUUAGUCAAGGCCCUUCUUCAGACUGACGAGGUCAUUCCCUCUCUCCAGUUCUGCUGAGUUCCAGCAUUUUGUGUCUCUCGAAGAUAUUCGAGAGACAAAGAGGGAUCCAACUGCUUCCUGUAGCCUAGUGCCUCCCUGACUAAUUGCUGGGCAACCAGGCUGACAGAAUGGUGUCACUGGAGAUGUGCAGGGUGAAAGAGAUGGGGCAGGUUGUAUUUCAUUGCUGAUACAUGACUCUGGACAAUAUUUCAGAGACCAGCCUGAACUGCAUGCAGACUGGCGAUAAGUUGACGUGGAACUGAUUGAUUUGUAUUGUAAUAAAGCUCUGGUGCUGGAUUGUGAAA